AUGUCCGAUCUUCCAGGUUUGCCCUUUUUCAUCCCUAAAUUUAAGAAACUUCUUCCUUUCGCGUCAGCGUUAUCAUCUAUCAUAGCCGAAUUCCGUGAAGAGAACUUCGAACAGUUCCAAACAGAGAUCAUCCAAUACUUAUUUGAUAGUAUUAUCAAAGAAAUGCAAGGACUAAAAGGAUCAUCUAACUUAAAUGAUUUAACUAUGCUUAUUGCCGCUGAAACAAAACUCCAAUUCAACUUCCCACAAUUUUUCAGAAAUUACUCGUACACACAGAAUAGUUCAACAACAAAACCAGGCACAAACAUUAUCACCAUCACAAGAACAGCAUGCUCGCAGACUAUUAUCGACUCUACUGAAAUUCUUUUGACGAUUCUGCCAUUGGAUAAUACACCUCACAAUCUUCCAAUUUAUGUUAUGCUUAUUAACACUCUUAUGGAAUUACUGAAAACAUUUUAUCAGAAAAACAUUAAACUUUAUGAAACACAUUCGCUCGAAAUUUUGAAUAAAUGUUCCAAGCGUACGAAGGAUUAUCUGAACGCAUUUACCAAAAUGGAAAACGAAGCCCAAAAUAUUUUCGCACACUACAACAGCUGGAAGAACAAGAAUACGAUCACAACUUUCAUGGAAGUUUCUACGUCAUUAGCGGCAGCAGCUUACUCUCUAAUCAAGCUUAUCGAUAAUGACAAGGACACAUGCGGUUUCCCACCAACGAAUCUCAGAAUGUUCAACAAAUUCUUAAUCCAUACUUACAGAAUCUGCGAACUCAUCAAAUGGAGUUGCCAGGGCUACUUGUUCUGCACCCUUGAUUGCAUGCUCAAAAUUCUCAAAUUCUCCUACGAAGUCAUGCAAAAUCAGCAGAUUGCAGCCAUCUACAAGCGCGUUCGCGAUAUCGUUACUACAUCUAAGAGCUACCUCUUCUACGGACCUCUCGGUGGCUAUUACUUGGCCGGACAGACAGCUGAAGUCUAUUUCCAGAUUAAGGAACAAAUCAAGUUCUUUGCAGCAAGAUCGACCCAGAACCAGUCUUUCUACUCCCUUUUCAUCGUCUACCAGGCACUCUGCUACCAUCUUGACGCAUCUCUCGCGUUGACAAACGCUGCGAUCUCAAUUCCACCAGUUAAAUCGGAAUUUGUGUCUCCAAUAAUUAAGUCGUCACUCAACUACUGCAACGAUUACCUCAAGGAGCUCGUUAACUUGUGCAAUACAGAUGAUGACUCAAAUGGCACAUAUUUCCCAGCCCUUUCGCUUGCACUUGCUUCCCGACCAUUCUUCCUCGCACUCGGAUUCGUCGCUGAUAAGAACUACUUGCUUCUCUACGCAAGAUGCAUCACAUCCACACUUUUCGCGUCGUUGAGGCUUUCCAUGGGAGAUACAGGUCUCAGAAGCCAGAUCAAUUCAUGCUGCAACUAUCUUGAAGACAUUUACUCCCAAAUGCACCAUACAUCUCGCGAUGCAUCUCAUACUCUCUUCAAAUCACCUACAAUCGAUCUCCCACUCAGAUACCACGAUGUAGAAUCGGCCAACCUCGUCUACGGCUUCUUCUUCGACUUCAGACACCCAUCAUCUGGAAAGUACGAAGAAUUAAACUACAUUGAGUUCAUGAGAACAACAGUUACAGCCGUCAAAUCGCUUUGUGGUGAUAUCCCAAGAUACUGCAAGAGCAUGAACAAGCCAAAGAAGCCGGCUUACACUCCAAUGGCACCAAUGAUCGUUCAGGAGGGCAACACGAUCAAGCCAAUCAACGCUGCCAUACCAAAGAACGACAGAACAAUUAUGAUGCCUGUUACUCCUCAGCAGCAGCAACCAGCUCCGAAGUUCGAAGAAUAUCUCGAUGAAGACCAAGAAAUGAUCGUAGAUGUCGCUCCAGCGGUCAUCACCGCUAUGGAGAAUGAACCAAUGGAUGAUAUCCCUGAUUUCGAACUCGAAAAGUUCGAUGAUAUUACAAAAGCACCAGAUGUGAAUAUUUUCGGUAUUUAA